UCAAAACGUGAUUCUAAUUCAUGUCAUGAUUCUUUCUUCUUCAUCCCCGUAAUUUAUUUUGAUUGACUAGAGCAUGCUCGGGGAAUAUUGAGCUAAAAACUAUAACUUAUUGUAAAACUAUUAAUUGUGGUAACUAACAAUGGCUUUGGUUAUUAGGAAGACGACAAUCGAUAUUGUUGCGGCUACAAAAUGGUUUAUUAGACGAGACUGUCGUGCUUUGUCCACCUUACCUGAAAAAGCAGAAGUCGCUUCAGCUGUUGCCGAGGAAAAGAAAAAGCAUAAGGGGCGUAGAGCCAGUAAUCCGGCCUUGGAGUUCAGGCAUAUUUACCCUGAGUUUCUACCAGAUCCCAACCCAAAAUGGAGGAACAGUUUGCGAGAAAAAUUGGAAAGAGCAGAUAUGCUGAAUAGGAGGAGUCAGAUUGAUAUACCGGAGUUUUAUGUUGGUUCCAUUUUAGCAGUAACAGUAUCAGAUCCACAUGCUCAGGGCAAGACAAAUAAGUUUGUGGGGAUCUGCAUUGAGCGUAAGGGCUGUGGCUUGGUGGCCGAGUUCACAUUACGAAAUGUGGUUGACCAUCAGGGUCUAGAGGUGCGAUAUGAACUCUAUGAUCCAACAAUACAGAAGAUACAAGUGCUGCGUCUAGAGAAACGUCUUGAUGAGAAGCUCUUCUACCUAAGAGAUGCUUUGCCAGAAUACAGCACAUUCCCAUUUGAUAUGGAUCCAGAGAUUCUCCCUGAGGGCACACCAGUUCCUGUUAAUCCUGUCCAAGUGAAAUUGAAACCCAGGCCAUGGCUUGAGAGAUGGGAGAGGCAAGAACUGAAGGGCAUAUCCAAUAUUGAAGAGUAUUUGAAGGAGAAGGACCGCGUAAGAAGAGAACUUAGAAAGACACCGUGGGAGAAAUAUGACUUGAUGAAGCAAUAUAGGAAAACUAUUCCUGAGGAAGAGCAGAGCGAUAUCUGGGGUGAGGUGUACAACCAGCUUCAUCAGCUCCAAAUGACCCGCAAGAAGAUGUCCCGAAAGCGAACUUUCACCACUCCCAAGACGCAGCUCGGUUAAUAUUCUGUAGUAUUUUGUAAUUAGUCAUUAAAGAUUGUAUCAAAGUU